AUGAUCAGACCAAGAUCAGGUGAACUCAUACGAUGCCAUCGAGCCGAUCGAAGCCGUCGAGGUGACGACCGCGACCAAGAGGUCCCUAAGAUCGUCGAUGAGACUGAAGACCUGGAGGACGAAGAGGGAGCUGCCAAUGUGAACCUGAUCGACGACUUCGUGGUGAACGCUCGGAAGACGACUCUGAGUAUGACGAAGCUCGAGAAACUUGUCACCCCGAAAGUGGCCCUGAAAGACCCCAAGCAGAGGCUGAUCAGGGAGCUGUACGAGGGCAAGGUUGCCGUGAGGAAAUUCGCUCAAGUGCUCAAGGCCAAUCCAAACCGUGAAACGAACAGGAAGCUGCUGAGGCUGUACAAGUGGUUCUGCGAGUUCCGGAUCUCCCGUGCGAAGGCUGUUCGAUUUGCCCCCGUCGCUGUCGAAGCUUCGGCAUAG